GCGGGGCGGGGCGGGAGAGUCGGGCCUCGGGCGACGGCGGGUGCAGUCGUCUCCGACCAUCUCUCCGCCCCGGUCGCGAGCGAGCGCGUCAUGUCGAGCGUGCCAUCGAACGAGAGACAACUUCUGUGACAGUCACAGUUUCGAGUGGACUCGAUAGGUGCAGCGCGCGAUCGUGCCAGCGGACGAUCAAGCGAACCUCGUCAAUAGCGAGCGCUGUUUUGGGACCUUGGGACCUUUUCGCCCGACGGUGUUUCUACACCGUCCCGCACUAGUCGAGUCCAAGUGCGUGCUCCUGAUCCUGAUGAACAUGUCGUGGUCGGCGAGGUGCAUCCUCGUGGUGGAGGCCGUCCCCCCGGAGUGAGGCCCGCGCCAUGCCGCUGCCGGCCGGCGCGCCGCUGCUGCUGACGCUGCUGCUGCUGGCCCUCGCGGCCCAGUCCGAUCAGGCAGAUCCACCGCCGGUGAUCCUGUUCCCAGAAUCUGACGUGUACACGGACCUGGUGGCGCCGCCGCUUGCCUCCGACAACGCCGGCCGCCGAAGAGAGGACACCCCGCCACUUGGAGAUGGGGAGGAGACCGUCGCCGCCCACGUGUACGCGCCGUGCUGCGCGCAGGCCGCCGACGCCGACCCCGCAUGCCUCCGGGCGUGCCUGGCCGCCUUGGACCCCCAGGACGGCGGCGGCGUCACCCUCGGCCGGCUGCUGGACGGGCUGCAGGCCGGAGGCUGCCCCCUCGUGCCACACGGGCCGCUGUUCCUGUGCCUGGUGUCGCGCUCGUCCGGCGCGGUGCCGACUGCCAGCAGCGACGCUGCGGUGAGGAUGAGCGCGGGUGGGGCGGGGGCGGCCACAGUGCUGGAUGCGGCGCGCCUGCACUGCUGCGCCCUGGCCCGCGCCCCCGCCUGCCGCCGCGCCUGCGACACUGCCUAUCGCGAGGACUGGAGCGCGGCCGGCAGCGGCGGCGCGCUGCAGCAGUGCCUUGCCAGGGCCAACGAGACCGCGCUAGCCUCUUGCCUGGCGGAAGUGGACGCGGAGUGCCGGCCCGGCUCGCACUGCUCCGGACUUGACUUCUGCGCCGGUCUGCUGGGGCCGCCCUCCUGGUUCCGCUCCUGCUCGGGCCAGGCCGACGCCGCGGCCCGCGCCACGGCGGCGCGCUGGGCGCGCACGGGCCGGCUGGACGCGCUGCAGGAGGUGCCGCUGCUGACGGGCACGGCUGCCUGCGGCGCACGCCUCUGGCGCGCCCUGUCCUGCGUGCUGCACGCCCAGCCCUGCUCGCCGCGCAGGGGGACGCUGCCCCUGUGCCUGCAGGACUGCCUUCGCCUGCUUCCCGCCUGCAUCCACUGGUCCGCCGUGCCGGCCGGGUUCUCCGCCGAGCAGCUGUGCCUCACGAUGUCGGCCCCGCCACCCUGCGUCCGGAUCCCCGAGGACGGCGACGUGGCCGGGGCCGAUGGCCACUCCGCAGAGAAACAGCCCGCCCCCGCCGUCGACAGGGCCGGGCCGGGCCACGCCGACCUGCAAGGGUCGCCGUCGGCGGCCUCGUGCCGCUUGGGGGCUGCCUCCGACGUGGAGGUCCCUGCUGGCACGGCCGUCCGCGUGCCCGCCCGGAGCUCGCCGGCCUGCUACGACGCCUGCCUGUGCCAGGACGGCGUCCUGGGGAACUGCGCCCCCCUGCCGUGCGCGCCGCACGCCUCGCGCUGCAGCCUCGGCGCCGGCACCAUAGAGCACCGGCGUACCGUGGUCAUGGACUGUUUGGUGUGCACCUGCUCGUCGGGGGACACCCUCUGCACGCAGAGGCAGUGCGCCGCCCCCGCCGCCCCCGCCGCCCCCGCGUGGCCGUGCCGCUGCCCCCGGCACCACGUGCCCGUCUGCGGCGACAACGGCCGGACGUACGACAACGCGUGCCUGGCGCGGUGCGCAGGGCUGGUCGACGCGCAGGUGCAGCCGGGGCCGUGCCCGCUCCGCGACCCCUGCGCCAGCGGCAGCCUCGGCAACGCGUCCUCGCCGUGCCCGCGCGGGCAGCUCUGCCUGCCGGACCGCACCGAGUGCCUGUCCACGCUGGUCCAGCCCUGCCCUCAGUUCCAGUGUGUGGACCUGCGGAGGUGUGGGGCCGGCGGCGGGGAGGCGGCCACCACGCCCAGGGUGUGCGACACGGAGGGGAGGACCCACCACGACCUGUGUGCGCUGGCCGCGGCCGGCGCUGCCCCGCGCCACGCGGGCCCGUGCGCCGGAGACGGGGGUUCGGUGUGCGGCGCGGACGGCUCCACGUACCCGUCGGCCGGGGCAGCGCUGGCGGCGCGCGCGCCCGUCGACUACCCCGGCGCCUGCGUGCCCAGGUCGGCGGCGUCCUCCUCCUGCCCGCCGAGCGCCCGCUGCCCGCCGCUCCCGGCCGGCUGCGUGCGCGGCGUGCGCGUGGCGUGCUGCGAGACCUGCGCCUCCGUGCUGCGUGCCUCGCUCAACGUCAAGGCCGUGGACAGGGCGGUGCUCGGGUUGCAGAGGCUGCGAGCGCCUUGGCCGCGCCUCCACGCCGUCUUCAGCCUGCAGGCCUUGCUGGGGCAGCUGCAGCAGCAGGUGCUGGAGCCGUGCACGGUGCUCGGGUACUUGAUGGGGCCGGACCAGCUGCUGCUGCUGCUGCACCCCGACGACUCGUCCGACGCCGUGCUCCGCUGCUACGAGGAGGCCGGGCGCCUGGCGGGGCUCUUCGAGCAGAGCGCGGCGCGCGUUCAGGUCAGCCUGCUGCUGGCAGCCCUGCAUGGCGUGGACCUGGGGCCCGCCCCCGUCCCCGCCGCACCCGCCGCCCCUGAUGCGGCCCCGGGCCGCACCGCCCCCUCGCCGGCCCUGCUCCCGCUGAUCGUGGUGCUCGGGCUGAUGGCGGGUGGACAAACCUUCUCUCUGUUCUGAUACCUACUACUGUUGUAAUCCGCUGACCAAUUGAAUGUCAUUUGUAAUGUUUCUCUCAAUACACGCCCUCGCAUUUCUGCUGCACUUGGUGGAGAUGCAAUUAUCGUAA